CUUAAGUUCCUCGCUGGAAUCUGGAUGGAUCAGUGAUCCCAACUGCCGAUGCUCCGUCUACCAGGGAGAAAACCGGAUUGACCCCUGCCAAAAACCCACCGGCCACGCGAGAAAAUCCGCGCCGAUUAAACUAGUCUGAGCAGCUGCUCCGACUCGAUGACCUCAUGUGUCUCAGUGCAAGUGGACCCCCGCAAACCCUCGGCAUCGCCGUUCGGGUGGGGAGAGGGACAUCAUAUCAUAUCAUAUCAUAUCAUGAUCGAUUCGAGAUCAUCUCCGGAGAUAUAUGAGCACAUUCUGGUCCGUCUGUCUCCUAUGCUGUAUACACCCAUCUCGGACUCAUUCAUACAUCCCCAACACUACCAUACAGAGCACCUACAACCAAAUCCAAAACAAACCCUUCCAGCAAAAUGAACUUCCUCGCCCUCCUCCUAUCCACAAUCCCUCUCGCCAACGCCCAAUCCUCACCCGCUAGCUCAGCCUCACCUACUCCGAACCCCAGUCCCGGCGGAUCUGAAUCUGGAUCUGCAUUCACCCUGAACAUCCGGUGGUCGAACAGCCCACUUUCGGGCCCUCUCAGCGCCAGCGCCGGAUCCUUCUGGACCGGCAAACCCACCGCAUCCUAUUGUCCCGAGAAUGUGCCGGGGUGCCAGGCCGUGAACACGACGUCGUUCGAGGCGCAGGAUGGGAAGCUGUUUCUGAACGCGGGCGUGCCAGGCGGUCAGCAGGUCUACAUCUCUCCGCAAGGAAAACUGACCUACACGGUCCCGCACAGCGGCUACAUCCCAUCCGGCUCGGUGACCGACUUCGCGAGCUGGUCUGGCGAUUUCCUGAACCCAUUCCUGACCUUUUGGCUAUGCAAUGGGCAAGGUACGGACUCCAACGCGUGGGCGGUCUGGCUCGAGUACACGAAUGGCACGACGGGCGCGAUCACGAACAACGGCAUGGAUGGGGAGAAUGCCUGCACGAGGAUUGCGCUGCAGAAGGGUGGUUACGGUGGGCCGGCUGCUUGGGCGUUUACUUAGAUUAGGAUCUUGUCAGGACCCGUUGGCCGGAUUGGGUUGGGUUGAGUCUUCAGGGGUAUUGCUAGACUAAGAGUCUAAGGUAA